AUGGGUCGUUACCUCCCUUGGAGGGACGGCCCAGCAGAUGAAAGCAGGCCGAGGAAGAGGAUAAAGGCAGGACCGAGCACUGAUGACUUAAGAGCAAAGAGGGAAAAGCAGAAGGAUGAAGCUCGAGAAGACGAAUACAUGCAUCCUGGUAUUAAAAACGAUGAUCAAUAUAUCAUGGUUGAAGACGAAUUCCUUCAGAUCGCAAAAUCGUACACCGCAAAGCUUCAUUCUGCCGAACUAGCACGUCUUCAAGCUCAAAUUGCACUCCGAAAGUCUCAAAAGAUCGCAGCUUCCCAGCACUCCCAACCGAGAAUACCCGGUUCUAUGCCGAAAAAACGACAGGUAGUCCUUCAAAGACGUGCCCAUGAUGCGGCAAUUAGGAAAGCCGCUGGUAUCCAAACAGACAAAGAUGCAGAGGGGGAAUCAUACAAUCCAAAGUUCUCGUCGCAGUCGCUCGGUCGUUUGAUGACCACAUCUGCUGUCCGAAUUGACUCUACACUUCCCUUGCCGCUUACUCCCGGGAAGGCAAUCAAGCCAGCAACACGUGCGGCGGCGGGUUUCACAAAGGCGAGUUUUAAGAAAACCACGUCUUCGCAGAUCUCACCAUCGCAGUUAAAAAGCAGCCAGAUUGCCAAGGAAGGGUAUAACAACAUCUAUGGAAGAGAGUCUUAUGACGAGGAUGACGAGGAUUUGGAUUUAAUGCCUAGGCGAUCCAGCUCGAUUCGUAUACCACCGAAACUGACGCCAAUCGAAAGACCAACAAGCUCAUACGCUUCAGAUAAGAGGAUCUCAAUUUCAAAACAACCUCUACGACCAACUUGUGAUUCUAAAUUACUUAGCAGCAGUCCUCAAGGCUCCCAGAGGCCGUUUUUGCUGUCGUCAUCCCCACCCCGGCAACUUUCUAGAACAUUCAAAUUUUCGAGUACUCCUAAAACAUCACUCACUCAAAACCCCAAACCAGGAUUGCCUAUAGCAGACUCUGACUCAGAUAAUGACUAUGCAGAUGCAGAGCAAGCAGCACGCUGGCGACAUAGAAGCUUGCCAAAGCAUAUAGCCGUUGAACCGAUUCACGCACCUUCAUCGACCUAUAAAUCUAAACCCAUAAUACCGAAAUCUUCAGAUAAUGAUGAAGACGAUGACUAUGCAGAUGCCGAACAAGCAGCUCGCUUCCGAAGAAGAAAACAGUUUGCAGAAGCCCAAAGAUCGGGUGCAAAGAGCUAA